GGUACCGGCAGGGACACAGCCCAACCCACACACUGUACCGCCGUCUGCAGAGAGGCUGAGCCACUGAUACCCCCCCAGGGGGCAGCAAGGAGGGACUCACAGCCCCGGCAAUAUAAGGAGAGGCUGAGCCACUGAUACCCCAGGAGGGCAGGAAGGAGGGACUCAAUAUAAGGAGAGGCUGAGCCACUGAUACCCCAGGAGGGCAGGAAGGAGGGACUCAAUAUAAGGAGAGGCUGAGCCACUGAUACCCCAGGAGGGCAGGAAGGAGGGACUCAAUAUAAGGAGAGGCUGAGCCACUGAUACCCCAGGAAGGCAGGAAGGAGGGACUCAAUAUAAGGAGAGGCUGAGCCACUGAUACCCCAGGAGGGCAGGAAGGAGGGACUCAAUAUAAGGAGAGGCUGAGCCACUGAUACCCCAGGAGGGCAGGAAGGAGGGACUCAAUAUAAGGAGAGGCUGAGCCACUGAUACCCCAGGAGGGCAGGAAGGAGGGACUCAAUAUAAGGAGAGGCUGAGCCACUGAUACCCCAGGAGGGCAGGAAGGAGGGACUCUAUAUAAGGAGAGGCUGAGCCACUGAUACCCCAGGAGGGCAGGAAGGAGGGACUCUAUAUAAGGAGAGGCUGAGCCACUGAUACCCCAGGAGGGCAGGAAGGAGGGACUCUAUAUAAGGAGAGGCUAAGCCACUGAUACCCCAGGAGGGCAGCAGGGGGUACCAGCCAAUCAGCAGGAGGAGAGACGGGCACUAUACGGGCACUAUAGGGGAAUAUAGAGGAGAAUCAUGGCCCAGAGAUCUAUAGCAACUUCCUAUCGGGCCCCCACCUAUGAUGUGUGUGUGGUUGGCCAAGAGCUGACACUCGAUAUUUACAGGGAAGUUCCUGGAGGGGCUGAGUAUUUCGAGGUUCUGGGGACCCCCCCAAUAGAUGUGACUCUCAUCUGCCCCUCAAACCAAGCGGAGAAGCCUCAGAAAGGAGUCAAACUGCCCCUCAACCAAUCAGCUGGCAUCGUGGUUUCCCCCCGCAGAGUCAGCGCGGCCCUGUAUGACAUGAAGGUCAGAGUCUCCUAUUAUGGGAGGAAAGGGAACGGCGUGGGCACCGCGCUAUUGUACCUGACCUGUGUCUGGGUCUCUUUGGAUGUGGAUGUGAAGCGCGUCGGAACCGUCAGUCGGGGGGUGAAGGAUAAGGUAAGUGAAAGCAGUCUCUCUGCUUGUCUCUCGCUCUGUGUCUCACUGUCUCUAUCUUUCUCUACCUCUCUCUAUGUCUCUAUCUCUCCCUGGGACAUGGGAGUGGGGGCCACAGGGGACCGGGGCGAUACUAUUGGCCAACUGCGACCGAGACCGACCCGUCCCUAA